AUGGACAAGGGAAAAGAACCGAUGCGAGAGGAAGGUGCUCCGGAAAAUUCAGCAAAGAAACAAAACGCCCCCAUAGUAAUUCCAGACGAAGAACGUUGGAUGGAUGAACAACACACCCUCAAAGGCGGAGAAGAGCAUCUGGAGGAAAAAGUCCGCCAAGUCAUGAGCAGGCUUGGAAUAAGAUGUGAAGACGUAGACAUCUCUCUUCGAAGUGACUCACCACUUGCAGAUUUCAUCAUCUCUCACGAGUUCCCUACAAAGUUCAGAUACCCUCCAAAUUUGGAAUCAUACGAUGGAACAGGCUGUCCCAAGAGCCACAUUCACAAAUUCCAAGCGGCUAGAUUCGUAGCAUGCAUCCCUCAAAAGAAGCUGUCCACAGACCUGCUGGCCAUCAUGCAAUGGGAAGGAGAGACACUCAGGAAGUAUGUAGAAAGAUUCAAUAAGGAGGCGAUGCAGAUAGAAGACCUGAGCCAGGAGAUCGCCUACACAGCAUUACUCAAUGGAACUACCAACUCCGACCUACGAAAGGAAUUGUUGGCUAAAUCACCAAAAUCAUUUACCACACUGAUGACCAUCGCACAUACACAGAUCAGAGUGGAUGAUGGCCAGAGGGAGAUAGAGAAUCGCCUCGGACGGGUAGAAGAACGAACGUUUGCAGAAAGAAGAAAUGGGGACAGAUCGCCCACAGGAAAGAGGUUCGGAGAAAAAGGCAACGACCAUUUCAGAAAUAAAAGGAAAAAAGACGAAGAUAGGCGAUAUACGCCCCUGAACACAACCAGAACCAACGUACUGUUUUGGGUAAAAGACAGCCGAGAGAAGGUCAGAUGGCCGAGGAAGAUGAACGCUGCAUCAGCUAGCAAAAGAGACAACAGCAAAUACUGCGAAUUUCACAGAGACAACGGCCACACCACAGAUGAAUGCUGGCACCUGAAGGAGGAGAUAGAGAAGCUGAUAGAAAGGGGAUCUCUUUCCCAGUUCGUAAAAAGGGACACCGAAGCCAGAGAGACGGAAUCAGAAAGAAAGAAAGAGCGGAAAGAAGAAACCGCCAGAAGACCCAGACCAGAGCCAGCAGGCGUGGUUAACGUAAUAAUGGGCGGAUCAACCGGAGGAGACAGCAAUACUACAAGAAAGAAAGCUGCAAGAACAGUCUACUCAGUUAGCCCAGGUGCACCAAAUGCUAAGAAAUUCAGAAGCGUAUCUUUUUCGGAGGGCGAUAGUCAUGGAUUAUCAGUCCCCCAUGAGGACGCCCUGGUUGUCAAGGGGCGACUCAACAAUUUCGAGGUAUCUCGGAUGCUUGUAGACACGGGAAGUUCGGUAAACAUGAUCACAAUGGAGGUGUUCGGCAGAAUUGGACUCAAGAAAGAAAAUUUGACACAUGUCUCUACUCCACUGGUGGGACUAGGAGGCAAAUCUGUACAGGUGGAAGGAUCACUGGAGAUAAACAUCCAACUGGGGGAUGGAGAGAUCUACAAAGAGAUCCGAGCAGAAUUCAUGGUGGUCAAUAUGGACUUUGCAUACAACGCAAUUCUCGGAAGGCCACUUUUGCACGAUACGUGCGCAUCCAUUUGCAUGAGGUACCUACUGAUGAAAAUCCCAACCAGAGAAGGCGAUGCCGAAAUCAGAGGAUGCCAAAAGUCAGCCAGAGAAGCAUACUUUACAGCUCUCAGGAAAGUACAUAUAACCUUGCCAGUACUAACAAUGGAACCUCCAGAGAAGAAGGAAAGGGCGGAGCAUUAUGGGCGAACCGCGAGAAUCGAAUUAUCCCCAGGAAAAGAGAUAGAAGUGGGAGAUGAGCUAGAAGAAGAAAUCAAACGAUCUCUGACAGAAAACCUCAGAUCGCUUGGAGACUCCUUUGCCUGGACAACAGACGAAUUGAUCGGAGUAGACCCGGACGUCAUAUGUCACCGGUUAAACAUAGCGACCGACGCGAAGGCAGUGAUACAGAAGAAGAGAAGGCACUCGCCCUAA